AGAGUGGGAAACCGCAGAGGAAGAGAGAGAUGAAACAGAAGGGAAGGCAGAGGAGGAGGGAGAGGGAGAAAAGAAGCAAAAGGAAAAACAAGAUCAAUAAAAAGGAGUCAAAUUUGGUUGAAACCUCAAGGGUUCCUUGGGCCAGGUCCCUGUCUGAUGGCUUUUAUGAAAAAAUAUCUCCUCCCCAUUCUGGGGAUCCUCUUGGCCUCCUACUACUAUUCUGCGAAUGAGGAAUUCAGACCAGAGAUGCUCAAAGGAAAGAAGGUGAUUGUCACAGGGGCCAGCAAGGGGAUCGGAGAAGAGAUGGCCUAUCAUUUGGCGAAGAUGGGAGCUCAUGUGGUGGUGACAGCAAGGUCAAAAGAAACUCUAAAGAAGGUGGUAUCCCACUGCCUGGAGCUUGGAGCAGCCUCAGCACACUACGUUGCUGGCACCAUGGAGGACAUGACCUUUGCAGAGCAAUUUGUUGCCAAAGCUGGAAAGCUCAUGGGGGGACUAGACAUGCUCAUUCUCAACCACAUCACCAACAGUUCUCUGAAUCUAUUUAGUGAUGAUAUCCACCUCGUGCGCAAAAACAUGGAGGUCAACUUCCUCAGUUAUGUGGUCCUUAGUGUUGCUGCUUUGCCCAUGCUGAAGCAGAGCAAUGGAAGCAUUGUUAUCGUCUCUUCAAUGGCUGGGAAAAUGGCUAAUCCAUUGAUUGCUCCCUAUGCUGGAAGCAAGUUUGCUCUGGAUGGGUUCUUCUCCUCCAUCAGGACAGAAUAUUCAAUGACCAAGGUCAAUGUGUCGAUCACUCUCUGUAUCCUCGGCCUCAUAAACACAGACACAGCCAUGAAGGCAGUUUCUGGGAUACUUGACACAACUGCAUCUCCAAAGGAAGAAUGUGCCCUGGAGAUUAUCAAAGGGGGAGCCCUGCGCCAAGAGGAAGUAUAUUAUGGCAGCCCAGUCUGGACCCUUCUCCUGCUGAGAAACCCAGGAAGGAAGAUCCUGGAAUUUUUCUCCGUAAGAAAUUAUAAUAUGGACAAAUUUAUAAACAACUAGGCACUUCCUUAGGGCUGGGCAUGAUAAGGGAGCUUGGGACCGUUCUGCCUGACAUUUAUCUAAGCUCCAUCCAUGAAGGCAUCUCCCCAGAGAGAUAAACGAGUGUCCCCAGAGAGUUGCAAGUCACGCGUCACAUCUCACAAUUUGAAGGAGUUCCUCUAACAUUUGCACAGUGGAAAUGUAAUUAUAAUGAAUGUCAUGAACCUGCAGUUGUAAAAUUCAUAGUAACCACAGGUAUAAUUACAAGGUAGUUGUAUCAAAUUUACCUCAUAUAUAGUAAUGUUAUGAUGCUUAAUACAAUAUUAAUUAUAAUAAAGGUCAUAUAAACUUUAUAAAU